AUGGAAAAAAGGCCGAAAAGCUUAGAAACGGUUAAACACGUUAUUCUCGUGCUCAGCGGAAAAGGAGGCGUGGGAAAGUCUUCUGUGACUACUCAACUAGCACUCACUCUGAGCUCACAAGGGUAUCGGGUUGGAGUUCUGGAUAUAGAUCUCACCGGUCCCUCUAUCCCCCGGAUGUUUGGCUUGGAAGACUCUAAAGUGCACCAGAGUCAUAGUGGCUGGGUCCCAGUGCAAUACGAUGCUAGUGGCAAUCUGCAGGUGAUGUCGCUUGGCUUCCUGCUAAACGACCGUGGAAACAGUGUGGUUUGGAGAGGACCCAAGAAGACUGCAAUGGUCAAACAGUUUCUCGCUGAUGUGCACUGGGGAAACCUUGAUUACCUGCUUAUUGACACGCCGCCUGGGACUUCUGACGAACACAUAGCCAUUGCUGAAGAGCUACGGCACAUGAACAAUGUUGAUGGGGCAGUUAUCGUUACUACACCACAGCUAGUUUCGGUAGCGGAUGUCAGAAAAGAAAUCAGUUUUUGCGAGAAGGUGAACUUCAAGAUCUUGGGGAUUGUCGAGAAUAUGAGCGGUUUCGUCUGCCCGCAUUGUGCCGAGUGCACCAAUAUCUUUAGUUCUGGAGGAGGUGCGGCUCUGGCCGAACAGUUGAAACUGCCCUAUCUGGGAAACGUUCCCAUUGACCCGACCUUUAACGAAUUGGUGGAGAACCAGAUAGAGCUGAGGAAGGAAACAUCCCAAACUUUGGUGGAUUUGUACAAGAAGUGCAAUUUGUAUGUGAUAUUUGAGAGGAUUACGAACGAGAUCAUCACCAAGUCAUCAGCCUAA